AUGCGGGCUAUAACAGUUAUCCUGGCGCUUUCAGCGCUUACCAUAUGCAAAGCUGUCACACCGAAGCUGCAUUUCGCUUGGAAGGAAGUCGAUUACAAAUGGGAUUCGCCGGAGCAAAGAGAAACUGCUAUCAGCGCCAAGCUGUUCAUUCCCGCCAACAAUCUCCCGGUGGGGGUUGGUCGCUGGAACAACAAGAUGUUCAUCACAGUUCCCCGAUGGAGGUACGGCGUGGCGUCCUCACUCAAUUAUAUCGAUUUGGACGGUCCUGUCGAUCAGCCACUGAAGCCCUAUCCAUCGCUUAAAGACAACCUAGUGCCAGAUACCGCAACCGCGUUGCCAUCCAACAGCUCCAUCAUUUCCGUGUUCAGAGUUUUCAUUGACCCAUGCGACCGACUCUGGGUUAUGGACACGGGAAAGUCAGGUAUUUUCGGACCAUCCAAUCAAAUUGUCGGCCCAUCGUUGGUUAUAUUCGACCUAAAGACCGACGAACUGCUGCAUAGAUAUUUCUUCAAGAAAAGCGAUACAAAAGAAAAUUCGUUCUUCGGUAAUGUCGUGGUUGAUGUGGACAAAAAUACGUGCGACAACGCAUUCGCUUACGUAGCGGACUUGGGACGAUAUGCCGUUGUUGUGUACAGUUUGAAACAGGACGACUCGUGGCGAGUGGAGCAUCACUAUUUUCACUUAGAUCCUUUUGGAGGCUCGUUUAAUAUCAGCGGACUUGAAUUCCAAUGGUCGGACGGCGUGCUCGGUCUGGCGUUGUCCGAGCCAAGAGAGAACGGCUACCGCACCAUGUUCUUCCACGCUUUAUGCAGUACAAAGGAGUUCUCCGUGUCGACGGAGGUGCUACGUAAUUACAGACAAUUCGAUAGAUUCGAGGUGUUCAAAAAAUUUAAGUUACUUGGCGACCGAGGUUUAAACACGCAGUCAACGUCCAGUUUCUACGACGAGAGCAAACAUGUGUUGUUUUAUACACAGAUAGCUCGCGAUGGUUUAGGAUGUUGGAACUCUCAAAAACCUUAUACACCGGAAAACAAUCCAUUACUCUUCAGUGAUCCGGAAUUGUUCGAGUUCCCUGUCGACCUUAAGCUGGACGAAGAGCAUACGAUGUGGUUUUUAACCGAUAGGCUGCCGCGUUUCUUUUACACGUCACUCGACCCUAAUGUGGUGAACUUUAGGCUAUUCAGCAUUAACACCACCGAAGCGAUCGAAGGAACCACCUGCCAA